UGACAUUCAGCGGCAGCUUGAGUAGAGUGUCCUUUUAUAGUUCCUGUAAUUCAGAAAAUGAUAACAGCUUUUUGCUGCUUAGAAGAGAAGUCUGGACUGCUCCCGGUGGGAUUUCGGUUUGCUGUGCUACUUCAUACCAAAACCAGCCUGAUAAAGUUCUUAUUAUUGUGGAGAUUUCAAAGUGCAAGAGGACUGAAUGAAUUAUGACAGCCUGUUAAAGCUUGGAGAGUUAAUAGUUUUAAUUCUGGAAGAAGAACUCCAGGGACAAUGGAAUCUCUUUAUCAAACUUAAAUUGAGGAACCAGCUUGAGAUGUGUCUUGCUGAAUCGGGGCUCUCUUACCCAUGCCAUCGACUGACAGUGGGAAGGAGAUCUUCACCUGCACAGACCCGGGAGCAGUCUGAGGAGCAAAGCACCGAUGUUCAUAUGGUUAGUGAUAGUGAUGGAGAUGACUUUGAAGAUGCUCCUGAAUUUGGGGUGGAUGAUGGAGAGGUAUUCGGCAUGGCGUCAACUGCCCUGAGAAAAUCUCCAAUGAUGCCAGAAAACGCAGAAAAUGAAGGAGAUGCCUUAUUACAAUUUACAGCAGAGUUUUCUUCAAGAUAUGGAGACUGCCAUCCUGUAUUUUUUAUUGGAUCAUUAGAAGCUGCUUUUCAAGAGGCCUUCUAUGUGAAAGCCCGAGAUAGAAAGCUUCUUGCUAUCUACCUCCACCAUGAUGAAAGUGUAUUAACCAACGUGUUCUGCUCACAGAUGCUAUGUGCUGAGUCUAUUGUCUCUUAUCUGAGUCAGAAUUUUAUAACCUGGGCUUGGGAUCUGACAAGGGAUGCCAAUAGAGCAAGAUUUCUGACCAUGUGCAAUAGACACUUUGGCAGUGUUAUUGCACAAACUAUUCGGACUCAAAAAACAGACCAGUUUCCACUUUUUCUGAUUAUUAUGGGAAAGCGAUCAUCUAAUGAAGUAUUAAAUGUGAUACAAGGUAACACAACAGUGGAUGAGUUAAUGAUGAGACUCAUGGCAGCAAUGGAGAUCUUCACAGCCCAACAACAGGAAGAUAUAAAGGAUGAGGAUGAACGUGAAGCGAGAGAAAAUGUGAAGAGAGAACAAGAUGAGGCCUAUCGCCUUUCACUUGAGGCUGACAGAGCAAAAAGGGAAGCUCAUGAGAGAGAGAUGGCAGAACAGUCUCGUUUGGAGCAGAUUCGAAAAGAACAAGAAGAGGAACGUGAGGCCAUUCGGCUCUCCUUAGAGCAGGCCCUGCCUCCAGAGCCAAAAGAAGAUGCUGAACCCGUGAGCAAACUGCGGAUCCGUACCCCCAGUGGAGAGUUCCUCGAGAGGCGUUUUCUGGCCAGCAAUAAGCUCCAGAUUGUCUUUGAUUUUGUAACUUCCAAAGGAUUUCCAUGGAAUGAGUUCAAGUUACUGAGCACCUUUCCUAGGAGAGACAUAACCCAGCUGGACCCAAAUAAAUCAUUGUUGGAGGUAAAGUUGUUCCCUCAAGAAACCCUUUUUCUUGAAGCAAAGGAGUAAACACGCCCAGCGGUGGAACCAGCCAUUCCUUGACUUGCCUGAGGCCUGCGUCAAGAGAAGGGCUCUUUGCCAACCCACCUACACGCUCGUCUCAUUGAAUUCAGUGUCACACUCUGCCUCUUGCAAGAUUGCUGGAAAAAAGUAAUAAUAAACAUAGCUACUUAACACGUCCCAUCCACGAGUAUAUGUUCCCAACCCAGAGUGACAGCUGUGCUGCCCCCCCUCUUCCCUUCACUUGGCCCGGUCAGUGACAGUGCACUGUCCCCGUGUGCGUGACCACAGAACAGGACCGAUGCCUCUCCAGGGCCCUCUGCCCCCAGUGUCCAGACAGCUCUGUCUGUCCAGGGACACCAGGGCGCUGUGUGUCGGAUAUGUCUCAUUGAGCCGGAUAUGUCUCAAGGCUCACACACCUGCCUUGUUAUUGUCAUAACUGGAUUUCUACUUUGUCGCCUAAUUUUAAGAGGCAAGGGGAGGAAGUCAAGUGGAACUUCUUGGCCUGGAGAUAGAACAGUAUUGUAGGGGAAAACGCAUAUCGUUUCUGAUGGUACUUUCUGACCUUUACUAAGAAGUAAGGUUGUGUUUGAGGGCUGCAUUUGAGGAAUACGCAAGGUAUUUAUUUACUGCUGCUGCCGUGGGCCCCCAUGUUCCGUUUGGAGGUGUUUGCUGUUCCACUGCAGCAUGGGAAGCUGUCUGAGCACAGUGUGGGUGUUGAGGUAUGUGAAGAGGACCGGUUCCAGGACUUGGGUCCUGGCCCAGCCGCAGGAAGCUGCUGUUAGGUUUGCAUUUGGAGCCUGACGGAUCCCAGCUCCAAGGCUGCCCCUUUAGUGUACGGUGAACGCAGUUCCCUCCUGCUUUUCUCUCCCUCUUUCCUUCUCUAGUUUGGCCUUGUCACUUGGUGUGUUAAGCCCUUUGUCUGUCACCAAAAUCUGAUCAGCUGCCCCUUGGACUCAGCCAAGAUGUAAUAAGGAAUUUGUUCCACUUUUUAUUAUUUGAGUGUUUCAAUAUUAGAUAUUGGGCUCCUGUCUCAAAUGAAAAGGAUCUCAUCUGGUGGCUGAGAAUUCUGAUGUCAUAUAUUUAAAGAGCAGACUUGGGGGCUCAGCUCAGAAGAUGUGUGUUGCCUGAACCCACGUGUGGUGAUUUCGGGAUGAUUUAGUAUAUGUGGACUUUCGUUAAUCUAUGGAUUUGGGGGUUAGAGUCCAGUUCACUGUUUAUACCUUCACCAACAGUGAUUUCUUUUCCAUCUUGGAAUGUUUCUAUCCGUUUAUGUGUCCCCUGUGGUCUCUAUCCUAGGGGUUGGUAUCCUCACUUGACAUCGUGUACGUGUCCAGAAGAGAGUCUGAGUGCUGGGUUUUUCUCCCUGACCCAAGCCAAGGGGUUGUCAGGAGACUAACCGAAGCCUGAGAAAUGCCUGGUCAUUCUCCCUCUGCCCAGAGCCCAGAAAUGGGCAUUGGCCAGGAAAAUUCCAUCUCUGUCUUUUCUCUGAUGCUCCAACCAGGGACCUCCCCUGAUCACUCUCUUAAAAAGAGAUGUGUUCCUAACAGACGAGUGCUGCGUCUGCCGAGGGCAGGCCUCCUCUGACCCCAGAGGUCUCUCGGGGAAGCUGAAGGGAAGAGACCCACAGGGGAUUCAGCCUGAGCACGUGUCUCCGGCUCCACUCCACCCUCUUAGCCUCGUGGCCCCAGCUACAGGUGCACUAGGGCGCCAGCUCUUUUCCAUGUAGACCUUGCUCUGUAGCGGCCAUGGAGAAGCUACAGCCCUGAACUCGGGCCAAACUCAGGAACAGCAGCAAGGGUAGGGGUGGGGGGGUGGGGGUACAGGACUCUGAAUUCACUUUCAUGUUUAACCUGUUCCGUCUGAUUGGGUUUGACAACAUCAUAUUGUUCCCCACUGUCAUCUUCACUUCUGUAUUCCAAUAAUUAUAGACUUUACUCUGAAA